GGCCCCUUUAUAUGAGUACAUAUGAUUGUCUAUGUUUGCUUGGCUGACCUAGCAACACUCAUAGAGUGCCUUUCUAUAAUCUGUGGUCUUUCUUUUGGUAAAAAUCGGGAUCGUGAGAUUCUUGUGAUAUGGCCGGAAAUAAUACCGAAGAAGUAGAGGGGUCCGCGACGACCGAUGUGAAGACCAACAGUGCUGCAGAAGUACCGCCAGAGUUCCUUAUCAAACACCCUCUACAGAACACUUGGAGCCUUUGGUUUUACGACAAUGACAGAAACAAAACUUGGGAAGAGAACCUGAUAGAACUCACCACAUUUGAUACAGUUGAGGACUUUUGGAGACUAUACCACCACAUAAAGCUACCGUCAGAACUGCGCCAAGGCCACGACUAUGCAGUGUUCAAACAGGGCAUCCGUCCCAUGUGGGAGGAUGACGCCAACAAGAUGGGAGGCAGAUGGCUUAUCAGUCUUGAGAAGAAACAGCGUAACUCUGACUUGGACCGAUUUUGGUUAGAUGUGGUUCUUUUACUCAUUGGGGAGAAUUUCGAGAAUGCUGAUGAAAUUUGCGGUGCAGUUGUGAAUGUUAGGCCUAAACUUGAUAAAAUAGGUGUGUGGACAGCGGAUGCUUCGAAACAGCAUGCUACUAUAGAGAUUGGCAGAAAACUGAAGGAGCAGCUCGGAAUCCAUGGAAAAAUCGGCUUCCAGGUGCAUAGAGACACUAUGGUCAAACACAGCUCGGCCACCAAGAAUCUGUAUACUGUUUAGUCUGAAUUAUUUGUACUACAUGUAUGAGAUAACUCGUUAUUAUGAAUAACAGGGUAUAAAAGUGGAGCUCUUCUCAUCAUAUAAAUCUAAUAAGAUAUUCUGCUUAUUUUAGUGGAAAAAUUAGUCGCAAAACAUACUUCUAGUAUAAAGAUUGCGUGAUUUGACUACAAACCAAAGUUUCGAAAAGGUUGACCACGCAAUGCCGCAGACCACGGUUGUGUUCUGCUUAGUGUAAGCUCCAUGUUUAGUGGUGCUGCUUCACUUAUAUACCUUGUUACUAUGUUGUGAACUAAAUGCUAUUAUUCGCACUGUGUGCGAGUAUUAACGAUUUUUCUAUGGUUGGUCCAGUUGUGAAACUUAUUGAUUAAGUAAUGAUAUUUGAUAUAUCAAAUUGAUUGGGCUAUAAUCCUGUAUAUGAUUACUAAAAGUUACAGUUAGAUUGCUGUAGCAUUUGUAACAUUUAGAAUCUGUUAGAGACAUGCUAGAGUUAUCUCAUAAUGUUUCGUCAAAUAGUUUAUUUUAUUUAACAGAAGUCGUGUUUUAGGUUGAUGUUUGAUCGUUUGUUUCGUAUUCAGAGCUUUAUAACAUCUAGGAAAGUGAUACCGAAGUAGUUUAUGAACUAAUUAACUGAUAUGAAAUAUUUUUCUAAACACUGAUUCUAGCAGAAGCCCUAGAAGCUGCCAUGUCAUUAUACAUAUGUAUCAUAAUAAUAAUGAAGCAUGGUAAAAUGUAGUCAGGUGGAUGAGAUGUUAGUGUAAUAUUAUUCAAAUCAGUUAUUUAGUUUGUUAUUAUCCGCUUUGCUAUUGAACUGUAAGUCUGAUUUUUUAUAUAAAAUGCUCGAGUAUGUUUGUUGUACGAUCACAUAGUCGUAAGUUUGUAUUUACUUGGUUUCUUGAACAAGAGCUAAACAACAACAUUUAAUUUAAAACAUUAACACUGUCUCACCGUAAACCCAUAGUCGAACCGGCACCUAUGAGUCUGAUGUUCUGUUACACAUAUUGUCUCCAGUAACAUGUAUUGUUUAAAUUUGGUAUUUGUAAGUAACGUUUUGGCAUACAUAUUUUAAAUAAAGUAUAAAUUAA